AUGUCUGAAAGGACUUCAAGAACACCUCUGAGAACCAGGAACCAUGCUGGUAACGAGGGCCCAGAGCGGCCCCCAGCAACAUUUUCCACCAGCACUUUAUCGUUGCCUUCACCUCAGCUAAAGCCUCGUGGGAAGCUCAGAAAGCACAAGUCAAGACCACACAUUCGCCGUGGGCAGCUGGGACCACUGAAGUUGGUUUUUUCUGUGGAUGACGAUAUAUACGAUGAAAUCGACGACGAAGACGACUCCAUUUCUCCCCAGGACAAGCGAUACCUCGAAGGCUAUCAUGAUGCGAUCAAGAAGUUGUAUUCACGUAAGAAGUCCCUAGAUGAACAGUCGCCAGAGAUGUCUGUUACAAUCCCAAGACAAAACAGCCUGUCUCUGACGGGAGCUGCUACUCCCCUUGUUGCCACAGUGACAUCUGCAGAUUCUGCGGAGGGACCACAAGAAUUACCCGAUUUAAACGAGGAGGACUUUGAAGGUGUUGACGUUAACGAUGACGAUGCUACCUCUCAGCGCUCGUCUUCGUCUUCUCAAACAGUAGGGUCAUUGAACUUAAAAGAUAGACAGGAUGCAAUCAAUUCUACUCACCCCUUCGGUAUCAAGAUUUGGAAACCUUCCAUCUAUAAAAAAAACCGUUCUGUUGCUGCUCGUGCAGACGAGGAUAUUCACGAUUUCGACCCCAAAAAACCUGCUGGAAAGAUAUACUGGGGUGUUCAUGUUUCCAACAUGCUCUGGAGCCUAACUUUUGGGGUGGUCUUGUACCUACUUUGCAUGUUAGGAGCGGUGAUAGUGUUCGUCCUUUCGGGGUUCGCAUGGCACAAGCACUCACGGCCGUAUGUGAGGUGUCUUCUCAAGUUAGGGCGCUAUUGGCUCUAUCCGUUUGGCAAGUUUGUCUUGCUCAACAAAGACAAGAACUACCUCGAAGAAGAUGAACUCGAUGGGCGUUCCAUCUACGAAUUCCACAAGUGGCGUCAACAGGAAGAGGGCCGUUUGUUUUUCGCUCCUCCAAGAAGAUUGACAGGCAGUGGCCAAGAGGGAAAGCCACUUCUAAAAGAUCACAAAGGUAGACCUUGGCAGGCAGCAUACUCCUCUUUGGGAGACGAGUCAACUUCUAACGAUGCCCAGAACAACAAUGACGCGUCUCAAGUUGAUGAAAGUGCCAUUGAUGAUGAUAAUGAUCGGGAUGAAGAAAACGAUGACUCUUCGGGAGAGACCGAGCCAAUUGACAUAAAAAGACGUCUUUUUGGCAGAGGCGCCUGGUCUUCGGGAAGAUUUAUGUUCUAUGUGUUCUUUUACGGUAUCAUGCAGCCGAUAUUAUACAUCAUAUCUUUGUUGUCGUGGCUUUUUGUCUUCACUAUACCCAUAGCGAAUCUUACCAUGAUAAUGUGCGACCAUUUGAGAAGAAGACCCUUGGCUUUGCAUUAUGAAAAGGAGCUGACGUACUACAAGAAAGUCAAAGAUCCUGAGACAAAGGAUUUCUUUAAGAACCAGUCAAUCAUCCUCUGUACUUACAGAAGUUGUGGUUUGCAUUACUACAAGUACACCAUUGAUGGUACCAAUAUAUUUUUCAUAAACUUAUUGGCUGUUGUCGUCUUUGUCAUCCUUGAUUUUUUCUUGCUUAAGGAAACGUUCCACUGGGAUAAAUGGUACACCAAUUCAUCAUUCUUAUUCUGCAUGUGCUUAUUCUCCAUCAUCCCCUUAGCAUACUUCAUUGGUCAAGCUGUUGCCUCCAUCUCUGCCCAGUCAUCCAUGGGUGUUGGUGCUGUUAUCAACGCCUUCUUCUCGACGAUUGUGGAGAUCUUUUUGUAUUGCGUUGCGCUCAAUCAAGGAAAGGGUAAGUUAGUAGAGGGAUCAAUGAUUGGAUCGAUUUUGGCUGGUGUUCUCCUCUUGCCAGGAUUAUCCAUGUGCGGUGGCGCUAUUAAAAGAAAGACUCAAAGGUAUAAUCCUCGUUCAGCCGGAGUUUCUUCGACGAUGCUUCUAUAUGCCAUGGUCACCAUGUUCACUCCAUCUCUAUUCUACCAAAUGUACGGCUCAUAUGAGAUACGGUGCAAGAAAUGUGAGUUUGGGGUCAUGAAAGCGGGGCCCGACGAUUGCACCAAAUGUCGCUUCAUUCAACCAAGCUUUGCUCUCGAUAAGCUAUACUAUACCGUACUCCGUCCAUUCUCAGUAUUGGUGGCUUGUGCUUUGUUUCUUGCUUAUGUAUGUGGAUUAUUCUUCACGUUGAGAACUCAUGCUUCCCUCAUCUGGGCCACGAACUCACAUGAACCUCACAUAGGCAAGAAGGAUGAAGAGGCCUUGAGGUCUCCAAGUAUCGUGAGCUUGGACACUGCAGUGAAUAACAAGAACGCCAGUCAUGCAGAAACUCAUUUACCACAAGCGGCUUCGAGGGCUAAUGGGGCUGCCGCAGAUCCAAAUCUGAAAGUAAAGUUUACGAAGGACUCUCAUCCAGCAAGGGAGGCUGCAAGAGAGGCUUCGAAAGAAACAGUUCACGAUGAAGAAGGUGGCGGCGGGCAUGAUGCCCCAAACUGGUCCAGAAAUAAAUCCACUGUAAUUUUACUUGGUGCUACCUUGCUUUAUGCCGUGAUUGCUGAGAUUCUUGUGGACAAUGUCGACGAGGUUCUUGAAAGCUAUCCCAUCAAUCCUAAGUUUUUGGGUCUUACGGUGUUUGCUUUAGUUCCAAAUACGACCGAAUUUGUGAACGCCAUCUCGUUCGCUAUCGGCGGGAACGUGGCGUUGUCAAUGGAAAUUGGUAGUGCUUAUGCAUUGCAAGUUGUAUUGAUCCAAAUCCCUUGUUUGGUGAUCUAUUCUAUCGUGAAACAGUUCACCAAUGUCGAGAUGAUAUUCUCCUUGAUAUUCCCCAGGUGGGACAUCAUGGCCACUCUCAUCUCCAUAUAUCUCUUCACCUAUAUUUAUGCCGAAGGCAAAUCGAACUACUUCAAGGGUGUCAUUUUGUGCUUGAUUUACAGCGUUGUGCUAGUUGGAUUUUUUCUUGAUGACAAAAUUGAAGAGCUUGAUGAUGGCUACAGAGGCACUCACCCAUCAAAAGGUCACAGUUCGCCUAGCGCCUACAAUUUCAGUUUUUAA